UUCCCAUGUGCCGCCCGGCGCGGGGGGAUGAAUGCUGAGCCUGUUAGCUCGGAGCUGCGAGUCGGGAAGAGGGAGGCAAAGAGCCGAGCUCUUGGCAUGGAGACGCAUUUCUGCUCUGAAGCUCUGAAAAGAUCUUUUGAGGUCGAGGAGGUAGAUCAGUCUUCAAAUUCCUCCACCCCACAAAGACGGACCCCGAACCCCCUCCUCAGGUCCACGGUGUCCAGCUCCACGCAGAAGUUUCAGGAACUCGGUGCCAGGACUUCGGAGCCGCCUGCCAGGCAUGCAGACCCCACGGGCCAGCGAUCCCCCAAGUCCUCUCUGAGGAGAGUGGAGCUCUCUGGACCCAAACUGCCCGAGCCGGUGUCCAGAAGAACAGAAAUCUCCAUUGACAUCUCAUCCAAGCAGGUGGAGAACUCCACCUCGGGCUUGUCGAGGUUUGGCCUCAAACGAGCAGAUGUGCUGGGGCACAAACCCCCGGAGCCCACCCCGCGCAGGACUGAGAUCACGCUCGGCAAGCCCCAGGAGCCAGGGCUCCGCAGGGCGGAGGCGCCGGCCUCAAAGAUCCCCGAGAUGCCCCAGCGCCGAGCCGAGAUGGCCAACGCUCCCCUGCCCGACGUGGCCACCAAGCGAGUGGAAAUUCAGGUAGCCAAGGCUGCCGAGCUGCCAGCCCCGCCGGUGCGGCAGGCGGAGGGGUUGGAGCCUGCCCCGGCCCCGCAGCCGCCCCAGGCAGAGCCAAAACCACAGCCGGUGCUGGUCGAGAGCCCACCAAAGAGAGAAGAGGGUCCCGAGGCCAUUCCCAGCCACGCACCCGGCAUGACGGACGCCCCGCGGGAUGCCGGCCCCAAGCAGGCGGCGCCGGCGCGGCCGGAGAAACCGGUGGCAGACUUCGGCUACGUGGGGAUAGACGCCAUCCUGGAGCAGAUGAGACGGAAAGCCAUGAAGCAGGGCUUCGAGUUCAACAUCAUGGUUGUGGGUCAGAGCGGCUUGGGGAAAUCCACGUUAAUCAACACCCUCUUCAAGUCCAAAAUCAGCCGGAAAUCUGUACAGCCAACUUCUGAGGAGCGGAUCCCCAAGACCAUUGAAAUCAAAUCCAUCACUCACGAAGUGGGUGGUCCCGGUCCCUCCCCCAAACCCACCCUUGUGUCUGUGCCUCUCUGCAGCUGGCAGCCCAUCAUGAAGUUCAUCAACGACCAGUACGAGAAGUACCUGCAGGAGGAGAUCAACAUCAACCGCAAGAAGCGGAUCCCCGACACCAGGGUGCACUGCUGUAUAUACUUCAUCCCUGCCACCGGCCACUCCCUGCGACCGCUGGACAUCGAGUUCAUGAAACGCCUGAGCAAGGUGGUCAACAUCGUCCCGGUGAUUGCCAAAGCCGACACGUUAACGCUGGAGGAGAGGGAUUACUUCAAGCAGAGGAUCACGGCCGAUCUUCUCGCCAACGGGAUCGACGUGUACCCGCAGAAGGAGUUCGAUGAAGACUCUGAAGAUCGGCUAGUGAAUGAGAAAUUCAGGGAAAUGAUCCCGUUUGCAGUGGUGGGCAGCGACCAGGAGUACCAGGUUAAUGGAAGAAGAAUCCUUGGAAGGAAGACCAAGUGGGGCACCAUUGAAGUGGAGAACACGACACACUGUGAGUUCGCCUACCUGCGGGACCUCCUCAUCAGGACACACAUGCAGAACAUAAAGGACAUCACCAGCAACAUCCACUUCGAAGCCUACAGGGUGAAGAGGCUGAACGAGGGCCAGAGCUCGCUCUCCAACGGCGUGACCGACAAGGAGCUGGUGGCAAACGAAAUGUAACCGUCUCGCUCUGUAGCCAGGACCUCGCUCGCUCACGCUCGCUAUUUCUCCCCUCUCCCCCCUUUAUUUUUAUAUAAAUCCUCUGCCCCUGUCCCUCCUUCCCCCCAACCCCCCGCCAAUGUUAACUGACCAAAUAACCAGCUGUCGUGCAGUGGGGUGACCGCUCGUCCCCCCGCCUCGUGGCACGGGUUUCCGUCUCAGCCCCGCCAGGCAGGAGGGGGUGGCCGGGCUGGGGACCAUCCCCUGUUGGGGUCGGGCUCUCGCCGUCCUCCAGGCUAAUGGGGCAGCCUCCUCCCGCUGCCUCAAAGCCGCGGGGUUUAGGGGUAGGGCAGCGGGCAGGGGUCUCCUUCCCCCUCCGUGGCUGUCCCCAGGGGGCAUUUGCCAAAGGCCGAGUACCUCUGCCCCGUGGCUUUGCCAUUUUUCUUCUCCGUCCAUGGAAGGCAAGGGUUGCUCCGUGUGAAUGUAGCCUCCAGAAGCAAGGUACGGUGGUAUGAAGAGAGCAAGACGGUGACAUCCUUGUCUCCUGCCUCCUCCUCCUCACGAGCCCUCCGCGGUCCUCCAGGAGCAGCCAGCCCCGACCCAGCGCCCCCCCUGCCUACACGCAAUAACCUGGGAGCCGUUAGGGGCUACCCGCGGCCCGGCAGAGCUGCCCGCUCUGGGAGAAGUGCCUUUUAGGACUGUUACCUUGCAAUAGUGGAACCGGGGGGCGGGGGGCUCGCGCCGGCCGUCUUUGCAGCCUGGAAAAUGCUUCCCCGAGCUGCAGCGCUUUGCAGAGAGUCCUUUCCCCCUCUCACCUGGACCAUAGGUGUGGCUGAGUUCCUGGGAAGCCUUGCAUAUUUAUUUUUAAUUCGGUGGGGUGUUUUAUGCCAUUGAAGGCUCAAAGUUUCUUUGCCUGGAGGGGGCUGAGAGCGGAAGGUCUCUGCAAAGCGGCGGUGGGGAGCAGAGGUUUGUCCUGUCUGACCCUUGUCAUUAGCGGGCUUUUCGAUAAGACAGAGGAGGCCGUUAGGUAUUUUUUUUAUUUUUAUUUUUUAUUUUUUUGCAUCCCCUGUGUGAUGUGUACGUGCGUAACGCGCUCCUCGAUCUGCCUAGCCCUUGUGCAAGGGGACCGUGCCCCUGUCGGACUGAGCCCCGCAUGCUCACGUGCACAGCCCCGGCCCUGGGGAGGGCUGCCACAGCCCCCCCCCCCGGGGCCCGCGCCUUUCAGCUCUGCCCCCCCCCAGUGUCUCAUGUUUCCGUGGGUCUGCAUUAAAAAAGACCCUGCAAGGGUGUGAAACAACACCGCGUGGCACACGAGCGGGUAGUCUUGGAGCAGAGCCCUGCAGCCCCUCUGCCCCGCCUGCCUUCCUGUCGUCAGCUCCGUCAGUCUCCGCUCCCCUCUCUAAGGGACGAAACUUCACACAAAUCACCCUUUUUUUGGCACGUACUAAGGGCAGCGUGUCCCCAGUGCCGGCGGACACCCGCGGAGCCCACCCAGCGGCAGAGCCAGCGGCUUCAUCACAGGUGGCCAGGAGAGGAGAGAGGCUGCGCUCGCCCUGCUCGGGAUGCCCAAAGGUUGUGCUCGGGGUGGUGGUGGGGGAUUUGCAGAUUUUCCCCGCACAUCGCCCCUGUGGGCAGCCGGAGGGGUGCUCGGGGCCGUCCCCGGGCCGUGCCCGGCUCCGUGCUGCCCGGGGGUGCCGUGGCCGUGGCGCAGGGUGCGCGUCGCACAGAGGCUCCGCUCCCCCAACUCGUGUUUUCCCCUCCGCAGCAGCACGCGGGAGGUCUGAGCUGCUGGGGAGGAACAGUUAUGUACUUGCUGACUUGCUAUAUUUUAGCAAAAACAAACAAAAUGUAUUAACUGAAAAAAAAAAGUAUAUAUAUUUCAAGUGUUAAAAAGACUUUUAAGGGGGAGAAAAAUCUCUUGUGUGAGGCACUUCUGCAAAUGUCAUCUUCAACUUGUUUUUUUCCUCUAGUCGAUAUCUCAAGCUGGGCCAAGCAAGACACGCCGCUUUCUCCUUUGUAACCUGAUUUUUUUUGAAGAAAAAGAAAAUAAUACAAUAAAUAAAAAAAAAAAAACUUCAUCCAGAGCUAUUCAAAUGGCCUUUUGGGGGUUAUAAGCAUUACGACAAAUUUAGUCCAUUUUUGUAUAAAUAAUAGUGUUUAAUAUGUAUUUCCCAAAAUAAAUGUUUCGAAUGCAAACAGAA